AUGGAUAUCCCACAGCAAAUAUCCUCUCCGAAUCAUGAAAUCGCAGUCUAUCUAGCCGCCAUCUGGGAUGGACUGAAAGUCCAGAUAAAUCCAUUCCUCACUGUCCUUUGCAUCGAUGAUAACAUCUACCGAAUGCUGGAUAGCCAUGGGAGGCGCUACAUUGCUAGGAAAUUCAUGGAGCAUACGAGAGAAGCUGUAAUGUAUUGUCGUGAUGGUAGUGGAGGAGACCGCCAUUAUCUUGGCUCACCUCGUUACUUCAUUGCUAAUGGCGGCGUGGUACAUUCUCCUGAUGGUCUUGAGCCAAUCUGGGUGAUGAAUGAUGGUUCCAAUACUCGCCUUGAAAGCGUCGCAGCUUGCCAACCUACAGUGCCACUUAAACCAACCAAGAUUCCACGCCCUCCCAAUGCAUACAUUUUGUACCGCAAGGAUCGCCACAAUUUGGUUAAAGCUGCCAAUCCAGGUAUUACCAAUAACGAAAUCUCUCAAAUCCUAGGCCGAGCUUGGAAUCAAGAGUCGAGAGACGUACGACAAAAAUAUAAGCAAAUGUCAGAAGAAAUCAAAAUCGCGCUACUGGAAAAGCAUCCAGAUUAUCAGUACAAGCCUCGGAAAUCGUCAGAGAAACGCCGUCGCACUCGUCGCAGCCAACAAGCUCAUGCUAUGUUGGUCGAUGCUAAUCUUGCUGCUCCUGACGAUCACGCAGUUGAAGACCAUUCCGUGAACUUGGUUUAG